AUGGGUUCAGGUAUCCCUCUAUUGAAUGAGUACAAGCAGGAUUUCUUCCUGAAGCGCCUGCCACAGACUAUCCUUGGUGGACCCAAAAUGAAGCUGGGUUAUGAGGCACCAAUAUAUGUCUAUCUAAGUCAGAUCUGCCUUUUCCUCUUUCCCUUCAUUCUUGCCGGAAUCUUUACAACAUUUGUAGAGCUCAACUUCCUUCAGUCUGAGGUUGCAGCCUAUAUCUAUGGGGCUGCAAUGUCUCUCUUUGUCAUCUCUGUGCAGAUACUGUCAACUAUUUGCCAACAGUCAAACAAAAUGGAUGACAUGGUCAUCACCAAAAAGCACAGUGCCCUAACAGAGGAUGAUGAGGUAGACUUCACGUCGUGUUGUGCCCCUGGGACGCUGAGCUUCAUCAUUCCGGCCAAGAAGUACAAAGUAAACAUUUUGAUUCAUGCCAUGGUGUCAGGCCUCAUGUGUGGUACCGCCCUGCUUUCUCUUCUCCCUGUUUCCAACCUGAAAGGCUUGUACAACAGCAACAUUGCUGCUGUACUUCUCUUUCUCUUUGGCUGGUUCUCCCUCUGUGUUGCUCAGUAUUCACUGACCACAACUGCUCCCCCUGAACCUGCAACAUUUAGAACAAUGGACACCUAUGAAUUGUCACACCUUAUGCGGUCCCUUUAUGUACUGAUCUGUGUGCUCGUCGAUACCAUCCAGAGACAGUAUCCCAAUUCGUACAAUCUACUUCUAGCCAACCAAGUGCUGCAUGGUGUGAUGGCUUGCCUGCCAUUCUGUUGGACUCUAGGCAUUCUCCCACCUAUUGAUGCUGGACUUUUGUGGCUUGUUGAACAAAUACAUGUCUUUCUCUUUGGAGGUUCACCCAUGGCAUCCAAAAUGAGGUCCUGCCUCAUGCUAUUCCUGUCUGUGUGCGUCUACUUGAUUGUCUUGUAUAUGCCUCUCAUGCUUGGUUCAAUAAUUAUUGCUGCAGGCUUUGGCUACCUGCUCAGCCUUGAUUUGGGUGGCCUGGGGUCUCAAUUAGUGCAGCACCUAAUGUCUUCACCACGCAACAAGGUCACUCUGAUGAAAGACAAGAUGAUGGUAGUUUCCUCUAGCCGCACAAGCAGCAGCUAUUGCCAGGGUUUCAUGUGGACAUGGGGUUAUCGGUAUAUUACUGUCGGAUUCUGCAUUGUGGAAAGGGUACUUCUGGACAUCCAGCGGGUGUAUGUGGUGUUUGGACUCUGGCGCAAUCCCCUUUAUCCCCACACUGUACACCGAAUAAAUGUCUACCAGCGACGGAAAAGCAUUCUGAAAGUAUUUGGCUUCCUUAGAAAAUGUAUAAUAAAAUGGGCUGGUCCCAGUGUUAUGGUUGCCUAUUUAAUAGUAUGUUUGAAACCCGUGCAACCAGCAUUAGCCCUGGUGGACCAAAUGAACAGUACUCACCUUGUGUGGUGGUCACUUGGUAUUAUGAGGAGUUUCCGUUGGGUGUGGCAAAGCACCGUGCAUGCCCUGCUCGAGGUGUCUGUGUGCCACUUUCUCAUCCUGAUGAAUCCGCUAGACAUUUGGCUCUUCCAGCAGCGGUACGCUCCUUUGCUGCUGCUAUUGCUCAGCCUUGCACGUGACCGUCUCGUGCAGUUUAUCAACAAGGUCUACUUCUUUCUCACCAUCCUCAUCACUUCACUCACCGAUCGCAAGCUGAGACGUCACGGCACUGGCACCCUUUUCUGCCUCUCUGUCAUCUUCUUUCCCGUCGUGCUACUGCUCAUCGCCAUGACAACAGUUGCCAGUGCACCACUAUUGCCCCUUUUUACGCUGCCACUUCUAUUCAUUGGCUUUCCACGGCCAGUCAAGUUUUGGCCAGCUCCAAUUGGCAGUUCAGCCAAUAUUUGCCCGGACACCAUUUAUUAUCGCCAGUUUGCUAUGGCUUUAAUACGCAGUCUGCAUAGUGCCUUUACUUCAGGGAGUUUGGGUGAUCCAUACCCAGGUAGUUACUAUUUAGUACGCUUCCAGGAUCGACUUGCCUGGAUUAGUGUGUUGGAACAAGGUAGCAGCCACGUGUGUGUCAGUGUUAAGGGACUGGAACUGCAAGAAACAACUUGCCACACGGUGGAGGCAACCCACAUUGACACGCACUUUGAGAGCACAUUUGAGCCCCACCAGCACAGUAAUGCUACUUCAUCUGUGUCAGCCUUCAGUUGGAAUAUGUUCAACAAAUACCCGUUCCACACACUUACACCAUAUGAUGCAUUCCCUGUGCGGACUUAUUCAGAUGCUCGCAGUGUCCUAAUUGGGGUGAUUGACUCUCCCAACAGCCUUCUCAUCACCAAAUCUUAUUUCUUAAAGAGUUUCAUCUGGCUUCUGCUGCAUCAUGUCUUCAAGGUGAAAGAGAAAAAGGAGGAAUCGCAAUUACCAUUUCUUGAUAAAACUUCACAAAUUGUUGACAUUCCGGCAGAAAAGACUGAAAAGGCCUCAAUGGUAGAGCCAGAUGUUUUGUCAAUGGGCAACGGUUUCCGUGUUGAUGGGAGCCAGGGUUCGUCACGCCCAUCUACUGCAGAUUCGGCUGCAGUCACAAAUGCUGUGGCCACUGUGCAGAGGCGAAAGCUAUCAUGGGCGUCCUCUGUGGUCAGCUUUACGGACAGUGUUUGGUCAGACGACCGGGACACACUGGAUAGCAGAAAGAAGGCGCCAAUGACUGUUUUAAAGAAGGACCAGAUAUCUCCCAUCACGAUCAUUGUCCAGCCAAGGGCUAAGCCAGAAAUCAUGGAAGAGUCUGAGGAUGACGAUUUAUUUGAUGAGCCUAGGGCCUUAGGAUUACCUGUCUCGGAUAUUAAUAGCAUUUCUCCACAGCCAUGUUAUUCCAAGAAUAACCAAAAGAAAAUGACCUCCAAUGGGAGCAGCAGCAUUUACCGUCCGCUGACAAGCUUGGCUGGCUCUCCCGAUUUCAAGUGCAUCUAUUCUUCACAACUAAGUCUGCCGGUCAAGUGGCGUGAGCUGCCCAUUGAGCCAACAUGGCUACUGAAACUACAGGAUGGUUUCCCUCGGGACUGGUAUACACAUGUCCUUGGCCAGCUGGCCUGGUCAGCCUCACACCAGAUGCCCGUCGAACAUGUUAUUGAGGAGGUCGCAGCCGACAACCUUUUGGCUAACAGUUACUCUCAGCUAACUAUGGCCUGCUCAUCAGUUUUUGAAUCCCAAGACAUUCAUAUGCCAGCUAGCUAUUUGUACAAAUAUUAUAUUGGAAACAUUCCCUGGAAUGCCAUGUGGGAUUGGCUUGCAGAAAACAAAGAUCUACAAAAUAUUGUUCUUAAAGCUUUCAGAUAUGGUUUCAAGUUGAUGAUGGAUGAAGUGCUGAUGAAUCCAAUCACAAGUCAUGAAGAACUUCAGGAAUGCCUGGAAGAUUACGACCGGAACUGGUUCAUUGGUCUAGAAUCUGAUCCUGACUGGAGUCGAGCGAUCCUAGCUGGGAAACCUCACCUCUUCUCUCUGGGACACAACACUUCUCAGGCAACAUAUACAAGUCGUGUGCUGACCCUUCAGGAUGUAAUGAUGCAAGUUGGUCGCCUCAACCCCGAGGUUGUGCGUGGUCAGUGGGCCAAUCUGAGCCUUGAGCUACUCUACUUCACCAAUGAUGAUGAGGAACGUUACAGCAUACAAGCCCAUCCGACUAUCCUCCGCAACCUCACCGUCCAAGCAGCUGACCCACCACUCGGCUAUCCAAUUUAUGCUUCAGAGCCUAUCUCUAUACCAAUCUUAUGA